AUGGCUGAACAAAUUGCAGUGGACGCUAGUAAAGCCUUCGGAGUGCUCAAAGCACUCACCAACGAGCAACGUUCCGAUGCGUUGAAGAGAAUCUCGUCUGCAUUGCAACAGGCAAGAGAUGACGUGCUUGCAGCCAAUAAAAAGGAUAUGGACUAUGCCAAAGAACACAGCUUGGACUACUCUUUGGUUAAGAGACUAGACCUCUCGAGAGGCGACACUUUCGACGCCAUGGUUCAGGGUGUGCUUGAUGUGGCCAACUUGGAAGAUCCAGUAGGAAAGGUCACCUUGGCCAAGAAAAUCGACGAAGGGCUCAACUUAUACCGAGUGACUGCCCCUCUCGGAGUGCUUCUCAUUAUUUUCGAAAGUAGACCGGAAGUGAUUGCCAACAUCUCCGCUCUCGCAAUCAAGUCUGGUAACUGUGCCAUCUUGAAGGGUGGAAAGGAAUCGUACCACAGUUUCAAGGCAAUUGCUGAUAUCAUCAACAAGACAUUGGCCGAGACCGAGGUGCCCCAAUCUGCCAUCCAGCUUAUCCAGACUCGUGGUGAGGUUUUCGACUUGUUGGCCCAGGAUCGUUACAUCGACUUGGUCAUCCCAAGAGGAAGCAACCAAUUGGUCCGCUACAUCAAGGACAACACCAAAAUCCCAGUCUUGGGACACGCAGACGGUAUCUGCUCUAUUUUCGUCGACAAAGAGGCCGAUGUCGAGAAAGCUUGCCGUGUGGUUGUUGACUCGAAGACAAACUAUCCUGCUGCAUGUAAUGCAGUCGAACAGCUCUUAUUGAGUCCUGAAGUCGCUGACGAUUCAGACAAGUUGAACAGAAUUUUGAUGAGUCUUGUCGAAGCCAACGUCAAAUUGCAUGUGACCCCAGAAAUAAAGCUGCGCAUCGGCUCAUCCAUCGACGCUUCCUUUGUCUUGGACGCUGCUCCUGAUGCUUUUGACAUCGAAUACCUGACCCCAGAUAUCUCUGUGACGAUCGUAGCAGACGUCGCUGCUGCCGUAAACCACAUCAACGAACACUCUUCGAAGCAUACUGACUGUAUUAUCACCGAAAACAAGGCCACCGCCGACACCUUCUUGAAGGGCGUUGACUCUGCUGGUGUGUACUGGAACUGCUCCACUCGUUUUGCCGAUGGAUUCAGAUACGGUUUCGGAACAGAGGUUGGAAUCAGUACCAACAAGAUCCACGCUCGUGGUCCUGUAGGCCUUGAGGGUCUCAUGAGUUACCAAUACCAAUUGAAGGGUAACGGACACAUUGCCUCUGAGUACGUGGGCGCCGGUGGUUCGAAGGUGUUUGUGCACGAAGACUUGUAA